AUGGAAAGUCUACCUCGUAUGGGCUCUGAAAAGGAGGUGUAUGGCCUCCCCUCCCUCCGCUACGAUGGCUUUGGUCGAAGACACUCGUCUCGAAGGAUUCGUCGAGGUCCCAUCUUCGUCAUGAUGAUCCUGAUCCCUCUGGCGACUAUUAUUGUGUUCUUAGGCCUGAGCGGAGCCCGAGGAGCAAGGUCGUCGACUCCUUUAUCAGAUUCAUGCGACACUGGCGCCGCGGGUUUUCAAUGUGAACCAGCGAUCUCACACUACUGGGGCCAGUACUCGUCAUUCUUCUCGGUGCCCUCGGACAUCUCGACAGAAAUCCCUGAUGGCUGUGAAGUCACCUUCGUUCAGAUCUUGUCCCGCCAUGGAGCCCGAGACCCGACUGCAUCAAAGACCGAGUUAUACAAUGACACCAUCAAACAGGUGCAGACAAACGUAAAAACAUUCACUGGACCAUAUUCGUUCCUCGCCAAUUAUUCGUAUACCCUGGGCGCGGAUCAACUGACGACUUUCGGCCAGCAGCAGAUGGUUAAUUCGGGCACCAAAUUCUAUAGCCGGUAUCGCUCACUGGCAAAAUCAUUCGAACCCUUCGUCCGUUCCUCGAGCGAGAACCGAGUGCUAGAGUCUGCCCUCAAUUUUACACAGGGCUUCCAUGCAUCCAGAACAGCUGACAAGUCUGCGGAUGUCGACUCAGGAUAUCCGUAUCCGGUUAUCCUGCAGUAUGAGGGCAAUGGUUUCAACAACACGCUGAACCAUGCCCUCUGCACCGACUUCGAAAACGGCACAGACAGCGUGAUCGGUGAAGCUGCCCGGAAAGCUUGGGCGGAGAUCUUCAUCCCUCCGAUUCAAACCCGCCUCAACGCUGACCUGCCCGGCGCAAAUCUCAGUGUGGACCAGACGGUGGACAUGAUGGAUCUCUGCCCUUUCAGCACAGUUGCCAACGAUGCCGGCAUCGUUUCACCCUUCUGUGCCCUCUUCACCGAACCUGAAUGGCACAGUUACGCCUACUAUCAGACACUGGGCAAAUACUACGGAUAUUCGUACGGCAAUCCUCUGGGCCCGACACAGGGCGUGGGCUUCGUCAACGAGCUUAUUGCGCGCCUGACCAACACCUCUGUCCAAGACCACACAUCGACAAACCAUACUCUGGAUGAUGAUCCAGCCACGUUCCCCUUAGGCCGGAAGCUGUAUGCUGAUUUCAGCCACGAUAACGAUAUGACGGCCAUCUUUUCGGCACUAGGCCUGUACAGCGACACGCAACCAUUGCCCAACACGACGGUUGUGGAGGCCGGUGCAGCGGGCGGAUACAGCGCAGCAUGGACUGUGCCGUUUGCUGCCAGAGCAUACAUCGAGAAAAUGCAGUGUCACGGCAGCUCGGAGGACGGCGGCGGCACUUCAGGUUGCGUGAUUGCUGGCAGGCUGGCCGAAGCGUUCCCCAGCCCCUCGGAUGUCUCCAUCCUAGUCAUCGAGGCUGGGCCGGACUCGACAGGGAAUCCGCUGAUCACCAUGGUCGGCGGCCUCUUCCAAGCCAUGGGUGGUGACCUGGACUGGGGCCUGGAGACCGUCCCACAGGAACACCUCGACAACCGCGUUCUGCAGCUCAAUCGCGGCAAGUUUCUGGGCGGCAGCAGCGGCUUCAACGGGACAUUAUGCAUCCGCGGGUGCAAGGCAGACUAUGACGACUGGGAGCUUGAGGGCUGGAGUGGAGAUGAGAUGUUCGGGUACAUGAAGAAGGCAGAAACGUUCCACGGCAAAGACUGGUUCAAGGCGGCAGAGGGAUACCAUGGAACGGACGGGCCCCUGCACGUCGAACCACAUGAUACGGCCCCAAUAUCCAGUCACGUCUUGGAAUCUUUGCAGGACAAGGGCUUGCCACUGAUAGAUGACAUGUUCACCACGGGCGAAGCAGCACAUGCCUGUGGCCAUGUUCCCCGUACGGUACAUGACGGUGUGAGAACUUUUAGUACGGACUACUUGAAGGGCCAUGAGGAUCGGGUGGAUAUCGUCGUCGACACCGUAGUCGACAAAAUCGUCUUUGAGCGCGUUGGAGGGGAGGCUGUGGCGACGGGCGUCGAGGUUGUCGACAGCUCUGGGAAGAGGAGGGUCUUGAAAGCUGGGGCGUACUGCUCGCCGACCAUUCUACUUCGCUCUGGAAUCGGGCCGAAAGAAGAGCUCGCCCAGAUUGGAGUCGACUGUAUAAUCGACUCUCCUGGCGUCGUCUUUGUCCCAUACGAGGUCACGCAGCCAAACCUGACCAAUGACCGCUUCAUCCACCACGCCAAUGGCGCCGCAAACUCCCUGGAAACGUACCAGAGCUCUCGAUCUGGCUUCUUUUCCACAUUCCCCUUUGGUGUAUUCGCAUUAGCGCGACUCGAUGACAGGCUGAACACGUCCGCCUUGUGGCGGGAACGGGCAGCCGGGACGCCGGGAACGACACGCGACGCCGCCAACUUGACACCGCAGCAAGCCCACGUCGAAUAUAUGCACACCGAGCUGUACUCUGGCCACGUCCAUGGCUAUCCCAUCCCCUUGGAUGGGAAGCACGGCUUCGAGAUGAUGACACUGCUGUUCAGCCAACAGAGCCGCGGUACGGUCAGCCUUCGCUCCACGAACCCACACGACAAGCCCGUCAUCGACCCUCGCUACCUCUCCGACCCUCUCGACCUGCUGAUGUUAGCCGAAGGCGUGCGUUUCGCCCAUUCGAUCGUAACAUCCGGAUCCGGCACCAAGGACAUUGUUGCCCCAGGCGUGUGGAUGGCGGGUUCGAAAUAUGCGGCCCUGGGUCCUGAAACUACCAGGGAGGACUGGGAGCCGUAUGUACGACAGUAUAGCGCAACGGCACACCAUCCGGCAGGCACCUGUCGAAUGGGGAAGGACAGCGACCAGAUGGCGGUGGUGGAUGAGAAGCUGCAGGUCAAAGGCGUCAAGGGGCUCAUGGUUGCUGAUUGCAGCAUCAUGCCCAGUCUGAAUGGCGGACACACGCAGAUGCCGGCGUAUGCGAUUGGGGAGAAGGCGGCCGAGUUGCUCGUCAAGGCGUCUGAAGCAAAGGUAUAG